AUGGGCGGAAAACUGCUGUACGUCUACGUUUUGCUAGCUUUGGUCACAAUUACCACAUGUAAACCUCGAAUGAAUACUCUGCAGAACUUUUUCAGGACAGGUGAGUUGUUAAAUAAAAAACUAGUUAAAACUGCUGUUCAUCAUCUAAGAAUUAAGUCAUAAACACUAAAAUCAGAACUAUAUUGAAAAGAGAUUUUGAAUAUGCCAGACUUUCCUUUCUUAAAAAAUAACUCACGAUCCCUGAGUCAUUUUCUCAGGAGUGUGUAAACCGUAGAAUCUUCAUGCAGAGAUAUAUGACAAAAAAAAACUAUUUCAGUCUCAGAAAAGGAUAAAAAGUUACGUACUUUUCCUUUUUUGUUAUAAACUUAUUCUCCCCUUAGUUUAUCCUUUUUAGGUUUAAUAUUUCUUUGCCGUUUCAGUGUGAUAUUUCCAAAAACGCUCCUCAUUCAUUCAUUUAGCUUGUUCCAGGCGUUCAGAUAGUGGGGAGCGGUGCGAAGUGAAAAGGAGCGCAAAAAAAAUAAAAGCGACUUUUUAUCGCUUUCUUUACUUCGCAUCGCUCUCCACUAUCUGAACGCUUGGAACAGGCUAUCAUUCAUUUAAAGAUCACCCCAAAAGAAUUUGAGCCGUAUACUAGGAAGCGUUUUGCCUGCUGCUUUUGUUGUUUCGUACAAGUAUAGGUUAAACGUACGGAAAAACGGGCAACAAAAAACGUGCAACUUGUUUUGCAACAUUGCUUUAAAACGAGUUGAAUAGCGAUGUUGCGCGUUUUGCCACCCACGUUCAAACCUGUUAACAACCUGAUUUGUUGCAAGACAGGUUUGAGAUGGGUGGUAAAACGCAACAUCACUAUUCACCUAGUUUUGCAGCAAUGUUGCAAAACAAGUUGCACGUUUUUUGUUGCCCGUUUUUCCGUACCCUUAGGAGGAGUUGGCGGGUAACAAUAUCAUCACGACUCAAUUGACCAACCAUGUCAAUAACCAGAGUUGUAUACAGUCAACUGACGUGAUACAACUCAAUUUGACUCUGAGGAUGACUACCAUGCAGGUACGUUGUGAAAACGCCAGUCACUGUCAACAACAGUCCUACUCAGGACUACGCUCAUUCGGACGAUCAUGCUCAACCUACUUAUAAAAUGACUCCAAGGUUAAAACCGUUCACAAAAAAUAUUGUUAUAUUAUAGUUACUGUAGUUUUUAUUGCAUCCAAUUUUGGCAAAAAUGAAAUAAAGAGUGACUAAACAAAUGGUCUGAAUGGUUGAAGAACAAAAGCCUAAUUUCUGACCUUCCCGAAAAGAAGGUGGGAGGUGAAUUAUUAUGGUGGUGGAUAUUCACCGAGACUAAAAGCUUCGAGGUAUUGCUUAGUAUUUACCAAAUCAGCUGGAUAAAGUUACAAAAGUCUUGAAUCAGGCAGUGUUUGUAAAUAUUUCCAGGAUUUUGUCAAUUGAAUUUUUCAUGUUUUUUUUGAGAAGUUAGUAGGAAGACAAUUUUCUAGCCGCCAAAUAACACCGUCAAGCCAAAUUUCCUCGCUUUCCAGGUAAUUGUUGGUACAGUUGCUUUUUUCGUCCCUUAAAUUUAUAAUUUAUUUCGUCUAAUUAAUAUGAAACUGGCGCGAAAAAAGACUGACGCCGGUUUGGGUCGCCCCAUAUAAGGAAAUCCAAGGCUUUCUUGGAUUCCAGAUACCAUGAAGCAAAAAAUUAAUUUACCGGAAUUCGGAAUCAAGAUUAUCGUACAUGGAGCAAAAUGGGAGCUAACAUAAACGCCUGAAAAUUGCUAUCUGCUGAUUUGGUAAGUACUAAUAAUAGUCAUCAGCUUUUGACCUAAAGAGAAUAACUAUUCUGUCUUAUUCUCUCUUGCUAUUGACCUAUUGUGUAGAAAUUACGAAAGGAGCAGACAAGCGAGCCAUUGCACGCUGCACAGACUUCUGCUCGACUUAUUCCAACUGCCAGGGAUUUGAUGCUUACGGAGAAUAUUUCAUUGUUUACGGACGUUGUCCUUCAGGACUGGUGUGCUGUUAUUAUUAUAAAUAUAGUAUCGACGAGUGA